AUGUUUCAAGCAUUUGCUGCACAUAAGAUACGACCUAGCAUGGUUGCAGUAGAUGUGAAUCUGGCUACUCGCGAUUUGCCCAGAGGAAGAUCCAUUUUCCCUGAAAACGAGGAUGAAUCUUAUAGACGUACACAUAUAUCUAUGUACUGGAAAUUAUCUACGUAUACUCCUGGCCGUGAAAACGACUGUUCAGCACUUACAUAUUUACGAACCUUUGACGAAGACAAGGGAUACCUACCUAAUAUACGUAUUUAUCAGUACCCAGAACGUGUCCAGGAAGAAAUGCAGCCGGAAUAG